GGCGCGCUACGAGGAUGCACGUUUCUUCUACAACAGCGACACGGCACAUCCACUGGAGUCCUUCCGGGAGAAGCUCAAGGCAUCACCUUCCAGGCGAAGUUGGGGUCCAUGUUGGACAAGAGCGAGCGUAUAGAGGCCAUAACGCCGCUCCUCUGCACCGCUCUGCACCUCUCUCCAUCGGACUCCGCCGCGGUGCAGCAGGCAGCGCGGCUGUGCAUGGCAGACCUUGGGAGUGCCGUGGUGAUGGAAUUUACUGGACUGGCGGGGAUCAUGGGGCAGCAUUACGCCGAGAGAGAAGGGUUAGGGGAGGAGGUGAGCAGAGCAAUUUUCGAGUGUGUGCUGCCGCGCUCAGCAGGCGACCAGCUGCCAGAAACAGCCCCUGGCCUCGUGCUCUCGCUCGCCACCAGGCUCGACAGUCUCGUGGGCCUCUUUGCCAUCGGCUGUGAGCCCUCCGCAUCUGCCGACCCCUUCGGUCUCCGCCGCUCCGCAUACGGCCUUGUGGAAGCCCUGGUAGCGAGCAACACGGAUCUGCAUCUUUCCACGGCCCUGCAGGCAGCAGCUUCUGUGCAGCCUGUGGAGGUCUCCCCCGGCACACUGGAGCAGGUGCAAUCCUUCAUAGUGCGCCGGCUGGAGCAGUUGCUGGUGGACGGCGGGGCGGCCGUGGAGGCAGUGCGAAGUGUGCUGGAAGAGCGGGGCUCCGUGCCAGCCCUCGCUGCACGAUCCGUGGCAGAGAUGGAGGAGCUGCAGGCGUCCGGGCAGCUUGAGAAGAUCGUGGCAGCGUAUGCGCGGCCAACGAGGAUUGUACGCGGCAAGGAGGUGGAUUUGGAGUGGCAGGUGAGGGAGGAGCUAUUUGAGUCGGACGCGGAGAGGACUCUGUGGGACGCCUUCAAGAAAGUGGAUGCUGAGGUCUCCAGCGACAUGAGCAUCAAGGCGUUCGCCGAUGCAUCCAUGGCGCUCAUCGACCCUCUCGAAGGCUUCUUUGCGAAUGUGUUUGUCAUGGCGGAGGAGGAGCAACUGCGCAAGAACCGCUUGGGGCUGCUCACCAGGAUUGCGAGACUGCCGGAAGGCAUUGCUGAUCUCACUGUGCUGCCUGGGUUCUAG